AGUUUCCCCGCCUACUGUCCGAGAACUAGCUCGAAAAUGCUGUUGAAUUGAUAGCAAAACAAAUAAUAAUAAUAAAUAAAGAAUAAUAAGCGCAAAUUACACUUUUUUUCUUUAAAAAAAACUUUCAAACAGUGAACGUCGUUCAUAUUUAAUAGAAGUUAACUGAAAUAUAUUAAUCGCUCCUGCUGAACUUUGCCUCAGUUUCCAUCCCGUGCUGCGUUCAACGGCUUGCAGAAACAAGAUGUCAAGGAAAGUGGUUGAACUGUUCUACGACGUGGUUUCGCCCUACUCCUGGCUUGGAUUUGAGGUGCUGUGUCGCUACAGAACUGUGUGGAACAUCGAGCUCAAAUUACGCCCCGCCUUUCUGGGCGGAGUCAUGCAGGAGUCAGGUAACAAGCCUCCAGCAAUGGUGCCAAAUAAAGGUCUGUACAUGAUGAAGGACCUGAACCGGCUGGCGUCUUACAUGAAAGUCCCUCUGCGUCACCCGUCUGACCCAUUUGAGGUCAUGUUUAAGAAGGGUUCUCUCUCUGCUAUGCGCUUUAUAACAGCAGUAGCAGAGAAAGAGAAAGAUGGCGAUCGCCUUUUGGAGAACGUUUCGAGAGAACUGUGGAAGCGAAUCUGGAGCACCGAUCAGGAUAUCUGUGAGCCAGCGUCUCUCUCUGAGGCAGGACUGAAAGCUGGUUUGUCCUCCAACGAAGUGGAAGAACUCCUCAGCCUGGCCAAAUCUCAGCCAAUCAAAGACAAGCUGAAACAAACUACACAGAAAGCAAUCGACUACAAGGCUUUCGGGUUUCCUUUCGUAAUCUGUCACGUCGAUGGAAAAGCCGAGGCGUUCUUCGGAUCAGACAGGUUCGAGCUCAUGGCUCACUGCAUUGGAGAGAAGUGGCUCGGUCCACAACCUGACACACUCGCUUCAAAUCUGUAACAACACCAUGGUUUUCAUCUCAUCUCAUUAUCUGUAGCCGCUUUAUCCUUCUACAGGGUCGCAGGCAAGCUGGAGCCUAUCCCAGCUGACUACGGGCGAAAGGCGGGGUACACCCUGGACAAGUCGCCAGGUCAUCACAGGGCCACCAUGGUUUUAUUUUUUUGAAUAAAGUGUGUACCUUCUCCUAA